CGGGUGGUUCCGAGCCCCUCGCUCUUUUAUCUUCACAUCCAUUUUCUUCCUUCUCCACACGAUCCUCUUAUUCUAUUUCUCUCUCCGGGUUGUUCUCUCUCCAGAAUCAGCCAUGUCUCUCCACUCUUUCUCUCCCACUUCUCAGCUUCUUCACUCCAAUGCCUUUCCCGCCGCUCAAUCUCCGCCGCCAACUUCAGUUUUUGCCACGAACAAGGGCAUCAUUCUCGCUGAUUUUGUUGGGCUGUACUGUAAAUCGCGGCGUGCGCGCCCGAGAAUAGGAGUCUCCGGCCACCGGAGAUUUCACAAAUUCUCGGCCGGUAAGUUUGGUACGAUCAACGCGGUUCUGGAUCUUGAUCGUAUCAAGAACGCGGCGGAGCAAUCGAGUUCACGCUCCGAUUCAAAACCCAAGGUUGCAAACUUGGAUGACAUAAUAUCAGAGAGAGGAGCUUGUGGAGUUGGAUUCAUUGCUAAUUUGGAUAACAAAGCAUCCCAUGAGGUUGUCAAGGAUGCCCUUGCUGCCCUUAGCUGCAUGGAACAUCGUGGGGGCUGUGGAGCUGAUAACGACUCUGGAGAUGGUUCAGGAUUGAUGACUUCAAUUCCAUGGGAUCUAUUUAACAAUUGGGCCAAAGAGCAAAGGAUUGGUUCCUUUGAUAGGUUGCAUACUGGUGUUGGAAUGGUUUUUCUCCCCAAAGAUGAUGACCUUAUGAAAGAAGCUAAAACAGUUAUUGAUAAUAGUUUCAAACAAGAGGGCCUUGAGGUGCUUGGAUGGAGGCCUGUUCCUGUAGAUAUUUCUAUAGUUGGUUACUAUGCUAAAGAAACCAUGCCAAACAUACAGCAGGUAUUUGUUAGAGUUGUUAAGGAAGAGAACAUCGAUGAUAUUGAAAGAGAACUAUACAUCUGUAGGAAAUUGAUUGAAAGAGCAGUGAAGUCAGAAACUUGGGGAAAUGAGCUUUACUUCUGUUCGUUAUCCAAUCAAACAAUAGUUUACAAAGGAAUGCUUCGCUCGGAAGUUCUUGGAAACUUUUAUUUGGACCUUAAGAGUGAUAUUUAUAAAUCACCUUUUGCCAUUUAUCAUCGGAGGUACAGCACAAAUACUAGUCCAAGGUGGCCUCUUGCACAACCGAUGAGGUUACUUGGUCAUAAUGGAGAGAUCAAUACCAUACAGGGGAAUUUGAACUGGAUGCAAUCUCGAGAGGCCUCAUUGAAGUCGCCUGUUUGGCGUGGUCGAGAAAAUGAAAUUCGUCCUUUUGGUAACCCAAAGGCAUCUGACUCGGCAAAUCUUGAUAGCACCGCAGAAUUGUUGAUAAGAAGUGGCCGUUCUGCUGAGGAGUCUCUAAUGAUUCUGGUCCCGGAGGCCUACAAAAAUCAUCCAACUUUGAUGAUUAAAUAUCCUGAGGUUGUUGAUUUUUAUAACUAUUACAAGGGUCAAAUGGAAGCUUGGGAUGGACCUGCCUUGCUUUUAUUCAGUGAUGGAAAAACAGUCGGAGCUUGUCUUGAUCGGAAUGGUCUUCGCCCGGCUAGGUAUUGGCGGACAAUAGACAAUGUUGUCUAUGUUGCAUCUGAGGUUGGUGUUCUACCGAUGGAUGAGUCAAAAGUUGUAAUGAAAGGCCGUUUGGGUCCAGGAAUGAUGAUAUCUGUUGAUCUAACAAGUGGACAGGUGUACGAGAAUACGGAAGUCAAAAAACAAGUGGCCCUGUCAAAUCCAUAUGGAAAGUGGGUGAAUGAGAACAUGCGGUCUCUGAGACCUGUGAACUUCCUUUCAGCUACAGUUAUGGACAAUGAAGGAAUUUUAAGACACCAACAGGCAUAUGGCUACUCAAGUGAGGAUGUCCAAAUGGUUAUUGAAACUAUGGCUGCCCAAGCGAAGGAGCCUACAUUUUGUAUGGGAGAUGAUAUUCCAUUGGCAGUAAUAUCUCAGAGGUCUCACAUGCUUUAUGAUUAUUUUAAGCAACGCUUUGCACAGGUUACAAAUCCAGCUAUUGACCCUCUCAGAGAGGGAUUAGUUAUGUCUCUUGAAGUAAAUAUUGGGAAGCGUGGGAACAUAUUGGAGAUUGGACCAGAGAAUGCUUCUCAGGUUAAUUUGUCUAGUCCUGUACUGAAUGAAGGGGAGCUUGAGUCAUUGUUGAAGGAUCCUCACUUAAAACCCCAAGUAUUACCAACAUUUUUUGACAUAAGAAAGGGGGUUGAGGGUUCCCUGCAAAAGAGACUAAAUAAGCUUUGUGAAGCUGCUGAUGAAGCUGUUCGUAAUGGUUCCCAACUCCUUGUUCUCUCUGACCGCUCUGAUGAACUGGAACCAACCCGGCCUGGAAUUCCUAUUCUUCUUGCUGUUGGUGCUGUUCAUCAACAUCUUAUUCAAAAUGGGUUGCGAAUGUCAGCUUCAAUUGUGGCCGACACUGCCCAGUGCUUCAGUACUCAUCACUUUGCUUGUUUGAUUGGAUAUGGUGCAAGUGCUGUAUGUCCGUACUUGGCAUUGGAAACAUGCCGGCAAUGGCGUCUGAGUAAUAAAACUGUGAAUUUGAUGCGGAAUGGAAAAAUGCCUACUGUUACAAUUGAGCAGGCUCAGAAGAACUUUUGCAAGGCAGUUCAGUCUGGUCUUCUCAAAAUUCUUUCAAAAAUGGGUAUCUCAUUACUUUCUAGUUAUUGUGGGGCCCAGAUAUUUGAGAUUUAUGGAUUAGGAAGGGAGGUUGUCGAUCUUGCAUUUUGUGGAAGUGUAUCUAGUAUUGGUGGAUUGACCCUUGACGAGCUUGCAAGGGAGACUCUAUCCUUUUGGGUGAAGGCUUUCUCUGAGGAUACAGCUAAAAGACUAGAAAAUUUUGGGUUUAUACAGUUCAGACCAGGAGGGGAAUAUCAUGGAAACAACCCUGAAAUGUCGAAGCUGCUUCACAAAGCUGUUCGCCAGAAAAGUGAAAGUGCAUUUUCGGUUUAUCAGCAGCAUUUGGCUAAUCGACCUGUGAAUGUUCUUCGUGAUCUUCUUGAGUUUAAAAGUGACCGUUCCCCAAUUCCGUUGGGAAAAGUUGAACCUGCUGCUUCCAUUGUUCAACGGUUCUGCACUGGUGGGAUGUCACUUGGAGCUAUUUCAAGAGAAACCCAUGAAGCGAUUGCCAUUGCAAUGAAUAGAUUAGGUGGAAAAUCUAACUCAGGAGAAGGUGGUGAGGAUCCUAUUCGCUGGAGCCCACUUACAGAUGUUGUUGAUGGGUACUCUCCAACACUGCCACAUCUCAAAGGUCUUCAAAAUGGGGAUACUGCUACAAGUGCUAUCAAGCAGGUUGCUUCUGGUCGUUUUGGUGUCACCCCCACAUUCUUGGCCAAUGCUGAUCAGUUAGAAAUCAAAAUUGCACAAGGCGCAAAGCCUGGCGAAGGUGGUCAAUUGCCUGGGAAGAAAGUCAGUGCAUACAUUGCAAGAUUGAGAAAUUCGAAACCUGGUGUUCCACUUAUAUCUCCGCCUCCACACCAUGAUAUUUAUUCUAUUGAGGAUCUUGCUCAAUUGAUUUUUGAUCUUCAUCAGGUCAAUCCAAAGGCUAAGGUAUCUGUAAAGCUUGUUGCAGAAGCUGGAAUUGGCACAGUUGCUUCUGGGGUCGCUAAGGGUAAUGCUGAUAUCAUACAGAUAUCGGGGCAUGAUGGUGGAACUGGAGCCAGUCCCAUAAGUUCCAUCAAGCAUGCUGGUGGUCCUUGGGAACUUGGACUUUCAGAAUCACAUCAGACGCUCAUUGAAAAUGGACUCAGAGAGAGGGUCAUUCUCAGAGUUGAUGGCGGUUUUAAAAGUGGAGUUGAUGUCAUGAUGGCUGCAACAAUGGGUGCUGAUGAGUACGGGUUUGGGUCUGUGGCAAUGAUUGCUACUGGAUGUGUUAUGGCCCGCAUUUGCCACACUAACAAUUGCCCAGUUGGUGUUGCCAGUCAGAGAGAAGAACUCCGUGCCCGUUUUCCUGGUGUGCCUGGUGAUCUUGUGAACUUCUUUUUAUAUGUAGCUGAGGAGGUUAGAGGCAUAUUGGCACAACUGGGCUUUGAGAAACUUGAUGAUGUAAUUGGACGAACGGAUCUAUUAAGACCACGAGAUAUCUCAUUAGUGAAAACUCAACAUCUUGAUCUAAGUUACAUUCUCUCAAAUGUUGGCUUGCCAAAGUGGAGCAGUACUGAGAUCAGGAAUCAAGAUGUACAUUCUAAUGGUCCUGUUUUGGAUGAUAUUAUACUUGCAGAUCCUGAGACAUCUGAUGCAAUUGAGAAUGAAAAAGUAGUCAAUAAAAGCAUAAAGAUAUACAAUGUGGACCGUGCUGUUUGUGGGCGUAUAGCAGGUGUGGUUGCAAAGAAAUAUGGUGAUACUGGUUUUGCCGGGCAGCUGAACAUAACAUUCACAGGGAGUGCUGGGCAGUCAUUUGCAUGUUUUCUGACACCUGGAAUGAACAUUCGACUUAUAGGGGAGGCUAAUGACUAUGUGGGAAAGGGUAUGGCUGGAGGUGAAUUGGUUGUGACUCCUGUUGAGGAUACUGGGUUUCUCCCCGAGGAUGCAACUAUAGUAGGAAAUACUUGCCUAUAUGGAGCAACAGGUGGUCAAAUCUUUGUCAGAGGGAAAGGUGGGGAACGAUUUGCAGUUAGAAACUCACUUGCUGAAGCAGUAGUAGAAGGCACUGGAGACCACUGUUGUGAGUACAUGACCGGGGGUUGUGUGGUUGUACUUGGAAAGGUGGGUAGAAAUGUAGCUGCUGGAAUGACUGGAGGUCUGGCAUACAUUCUUGAUGAGGACGAUACUCUCAUCCCCAAGGUAAAUAAGGAGAUUGUGAAGAUCCAGAGAGUGACUGCCCCUGUGGGGCAGAUGCAGCUAAAGAGCCUGAUUGAAGCCCAUGUUGAAAAAACUGGAAGCAGCAAAGGCUCAGCUAUUUUGAAGGAGUGGGAUACAUACCUGCCACUCUUCUGGCAACUGGUUCCUCCCAGUGAGGAAGACACCCCAGAAGCUAGCGCAGAGUUUGAGAGAACCGAUGCUAGCCAGGUGACGUUGCAGUCAGCAUAAUACCAUAAUAAGACAAUACCCUGCAGCCAGCGACAUGAUUUCAAAAGUUGCACUGCAUGGAAACAUGUGAGAACUGGGAAGAUGGAUACUCUUCAGCUGGAAAAUACAGGUUAAAUAAUGGGGAUAUGGCGAAAUGGCUCAAAUCACAGGGUGACAAAAAUUAUUAAAGAUAAUUUUCAUUGCCUCCAGUUGGAGACCCUGAUUUGUUCAUAUGGAAAAGCAUUUGCAUUCCCACUCCAGUUGUGUAUAGAACAGCUGCUAGAAACUGUAAAUCUUUUAGGAACUUUCAUGGAAAUUCCUCACUGUUCCAUUCGUUAAAGUAAAAAAAAAAAAUUGCUGGAUGGGCAUUUGAACUAUUGAUCUUCCAUUGAUUGCUGAAUUCAGGGAGAAGUUUGAUCAAUGAAUCCCUUCAAAUAUGGGAUUUGGAAUCAAAUAAUGGCAUAUUUUGCAUGGUAAUUCUUUUCAUGCCCAGGUGUACGUACCCAAUACAGUGGCAUUCUUGUUAUUUUAUGAGGAGACAAUACCUAAACGUAAAUUACCAAUGAAUGCUUAAAUGUCCCAAAUUUUUAUUCA